UACGUUCCUGAAGGGGCAGUAUAGUUUACGCAUCGCGGUACGAGUUUCUGUUUACAAAUCGCGUUCGAUUAAAAUAAAUGGGGAAACAUGUCCCGCCGGUUGGCCAACCUGAAUCCGUACGAGCUGCACAAGCACCUGAUCAACGAGUACAUCCUCACGAAACCGGGUGCCACCAAAUUGCUGCAGCGGGACACGUCCCGCGAUAAAACCGAUCGCGAUGUGCUUCGGGAGCACCAUCGCUUCCUGUGGGACGGCGAAACAGUGGACUCGUGGGAGAAACAACUGGCCAAAAAAUACUACGACAAACUGUUCCGGGAGUACUGCAUUGCGGAUCUCAGCCGGUACAAGGAGAAUAAGGUGGCAAUGCGCUGGCGAAUCGAGAAGGAAGUAUUGCUCGGCAAGGGACAGUUCAUCUGUGGUGGUCGAUCGUGCGAAGAACGGGAUGGCCUCAGGAGUUGGGAAGUCAACUUUGCCUAUCUGGAGCACGGAACGAAGAAGAAUGCACUGGUCAAGUUGCGACUGUGUCCCUCGUGUUCCGACAAGCUGAACUACCAUUCGAAGAAGCGCGAGAUCAAGCGGCUGAAAAAGCGUGUACGAAAGGAGAAGCAUUUCGGAAGGAGAAAGGACGGCGAACCGAAUGUCGACCUGCCUGGACGUGAUAUUCCGAUUUCAACAGAAGAACUGCAAGACGAUCGUGAAAUUGUUGAAGAUCAAUCCUCGAUAGAAGCAAUAGCACCACGGGAAGACGAAGUUCAAAGUAGUUCCUCUGCAGCACCGGAUAGUUGCUGGACUAAGGUUCCAGAAGUGGAGGAAAAAUCAAGAGAAGAUGAGUUUGACGAAUACUUGGAAGACUUGCUGUUGUGAAACAUAAGCAAUUGCAUUUAAAUAGUUGUAAGCUAAAACGCGUACAGUUAUGAUUUCCGAUGACAUGCCACAAACAAACAAA